CACAGGCAGCAGGUACAUUUAGCUACCUUUACAGCCUCUGGCAAUGUGGUACUAGUGAGCGCGAGCGAGCAAGCCAGAGAGAGAGACAGAGAGAGCGAGAGAGCUGCGUGCAACAUGAGACGCAUACCGAUGCAGCUACUGCUGCUCGGCCUGCUGGCCCUGCAGCUGGGCGCCAAUGCAAGCUCCAUGUCGAGCAAAGCCUGGCAGCGUUCAUCACUCUUUGAACGCAAUUCACGCAACUUGCUGCAUCGCAAUGCAGCACCGCCGCCAGUCGAUGUGGGCGCCAACUUUGAUAUGUUUGCCAGCAAUCUGAACAAUGCGGGCUACAAUAACGACUAUGCCCAGCUAUUUGCCAUGGAACAACAGCAGCAGCAGCAGCAGCAGCAGCAAAAACAACAGCAACAGCAGCAGAAGCAAGCGGAACAACAGCCACUGUCUGCGCCACUGCGCCAGCCACAGGCGGAGGUCUAUGGCAUUGUGGAGCCACUGAUUGAGGAUACGCCCUGCGCAAAUCGCGCCUGCCUGCUAAACGACGAUUGCUGCCCCACUGGGGUCUGCGUGCACACAUAUGGCGAGGGCAAAUGCGUUUAUGUGUUCGGACGACAGCGUGAUCUGUGCCAGCGGCAUGCCGACUGUCAACCGGGCAGCGCCUGCAUGCUGGUCCCCCAGGAGGGCAUCUGGCGCUGCGAAACGGAGGCGCCACUCUUGACGGAUGUUUUCCAUGUGCGACCCAAGCAGCCGCUGGGCAGCGAUUGCAGCAGCACCAGCGAUUGUCAAGUGGUCAACGGCAUGUGCUGCCAGCACCAACGUUUGCAUCAUCGUGGAGCAUCAAAGCUGAGCUGCGGCUACUUUCGCGAUGCCUUCGACUGCGUUGAUGUGGGCCAAGAGCAUAUGACUAGCAUUUUUCAGCAGCGUCGCAACUGAGCAGCAGGCGAAAGACGGAAAGUUAUUUAAAAAUAUAUAUAUUUUACUGGCGACAACCUAAAGGCAACGUUUAAAGAAUAUAUAUUAAAAGACAAAAAAAAAAUUCAAACU